AUGAGGCGACUAACUAACAAAGAAAUUGCACUGGAGGUGGAGCAAGAACGUCUUCAAACUGCUAUUAUGCAAAAUCGCGUUGCUGUGGAAACCUACAGGAGAACCAAUCAUAUUUUGCAAUAUUGGAGUGAAAAGCUCUUGCGUUGUCAGUUGGCGAAACUGGUGAAAAUUAAUCAAGACCUACGCGAGGUGCAAACUUUGAUUGAAAGGAAGCAAAAAAUCAUUGAAAGACGUACAGAAAUUAUGCAAGAGCAGAGAGGAAUAUUUCCACUCCGUAGCAUCACCAACAGAGAAGAGUUCAACAAGAAUAAAUCCGGAUGA